AGGGGCUGCAGCGAUUGCAGCGGUGGCGGCGCCGCCCAUGUUGGCCAAGGCGCUGCUUUGCUGCUGCUGCUUCUGCUGCUGCUUCCCGUGGGCGGACGGGGCUGUGAGCGCGCGGCGGAGCCUGCUGUGGGGGCCCGGCCUGCGGGCGGAGGCCGUGCUCCCCGCCCGGUACUUCUUUAUCCAGGCGGUGGACAACGACGGACGGAGGUUCACGGCUUCGCCGGGGGAGAAGGCGUUCCAGGUGAAGAUCACAGCGCCCGCCGAACAGUUCACCCGCGUCGGGGUUCAGACGUUAGAUCGGAAAGAUGGCUCUUUCAUCGUGCGCUACCGAAUGUACGCGACCUACGGGGACCUGAAGAUAGAGGUCAAAGCCCGAGGUGAACACGUGGCCGAGUCCCCGUAUAUUUUAAAAGGGCCUGUUUACCAUGAGAAUUGCGACUGCCCUCAGGAAGAUAUCGCUGCAUGGCUGGAGGUGAUGAACUGUCCAGUGUCCUUUCCACAAAUUCAGAGAGAUCUAGCACAUUUUCCCACGGUCGAUCCAGAUAAGAUUGCAGUGGAAAUCCCACAGAGAUUUGGACAAAGACAGAGCUUGUGCCAUUACACUGUGAAAAAUAACAAGGUGUACAUCAAGACUCAUGGAGAACAUGUGGGAUUUAGGAUUUUCAUGGAUGCCAUAUUGCUUUCUUUGACGAGAAAAGUGAAGUUGCCAGAUGUUGAAUUCUUUGUCAACUUGGGAGACUGGCCCUUGGAGAAAAAGAAAUCCCAAGACGGUCUCCAUCCUAUCUUUUCAUGGUGCGGGUCUACCGACUCCAAAGACAUUGUGAUGCCGACCUAUGACUUGACUGACUCCGUGUUGGAAACCAUGGGCCGAGUGAGCCUGGACAUGAUGUCUGUCCAGGCUAACACGGGACCCGCCUGGGAGGAUAAAAACACCACCGCUGUCUGGAGGGGCCGAGACAGCCGAAAAGAAAGGCUCGAGCUCGUAAAACUCAGCAGGAAGCACCCGGAAAUCAUAGACGCCGCCUUCACCAACUUUUUCUUCUUCAAGCACGACGAAAGUCUCUACGGGCCCAUCGUCAAACACAUUUCCUUCUUUGAUUUCUUCAAGUAUAAAUAUCAGAUCAACGUGGAUGGCACAGUCGCAGCCUAUAGGCUUCCCUACCUCCUGGCAGGCGACAGUGUUGUACUGAAACAAGACUCCAUCUACUAUGAACAUUUUUACAAUGAGCUGCAGCCUUGGGAACACUACAUUCCAUUUAAAAGCAAUCUGAGCGAUCUCUUGGAGAAACUGAAGUGGGCCAAAGAUCACGAUGAGGAGGCAAAGAAUAUAGCAAAAGCUGGACAGGAAUUUGCAAGAAAUAACCUCAUGGGCGAUAACAUCUUUUGUUAUUAUUUCAAACUUUUUCAGGAAUACGCCAGUUUACAAGUGAGCGAACCCCAAAUCCGAGAUGGUAUGGAGAAGGUGGAGCCACAGGCUGAAGAUGACCUCUUUCCAUGCAUUUGCCACAGAGGCGAGGCCAGGGAUGAACUCUAAUAUGAAGAAGACUUUUCUCUUGGAAUAUUGACUGCUCUGAAGAAUUUCUUCUUAACCAAAAACAUAAAAGAUUGUCCUUACUGCCACACUUCAGUGGACAGUAUGAACUAUAUCGUGCAAUAGUUUGAAUAAAAAACCCGUUUUCCUCUUCUAUGAUGAAGUAUUUUACCAAACUCUGUUUUAAACACGAUUUUGCAGUUUUAUAAUAAAAAUGUCUAUAAUA